CUUCACUCUCCGCCUGCUCCAACGCGCUAUCUACUCGAUUAUCUGACACUCCCACCGUCUCUACAGGUUCCGCCAACAUCUUAGUCACUCCGCUCUUCUGUAGAGGGCUGCGCUCAGGGACGUUUCGACUUGGGCGGGAGACGGCGCGACUCCUCUCGAGUAUCAACGGCAACACCACCCACGCGUGUCACGCCUCACUUGACGCUCGCGUAGUCUCGCGUCGGCAGGCGUGGCCUUUCAUCAGCAAAAUGUCCGACUCUGAAGAUGAUCGGCCGCUCGUAGCUAAGUCAAAGACCACUGUCACCCAGAACGACAUGGACACCUCGUCGAAUACCGUCCAGCCGGGCGUCAGUAUCGCCAAUGGCCCCGUCGACGAGAUGGACAUUGACAGACCCGCAACGAAUGGUACCUCCAAUGGCACCAAGCGCAAAUCCUCACUCGCGAACGGCAAGAGCUACAAGGAUGAUAGCGACUCCGAUGAAGACGACGUGCCUUUGAAGAAGCGCAAGACCGUGGCCGCAUCAGAGUCUGAUGAGGAUGACGUGCCACUCGUUAAGAAAGUGGUCAAGCCUGUGUCGGCAACUGCAGCACAAAUUGGCGAAGACAGUGGUGACGAGCCGAUCGCAAAGAAGCUGCAAAAGGAAAAGAUCGCCAUCGAAAAGAAGGCUGAGAAAGAGGCAAAGGCCAUCCGAAGCAAGGAGGCUGCAGAGAAGAAGCGCGUCAAGAAGGAGUUGAGCAGCGAUGACGAGGACGACAAGCCGCUGGCGAAGAAGAGGGCACCGGCUAAGAAGACGAAUGGAUCCAAGGUCAAGAAAGAGGAGUCUUCUGACGACGACAAGCCACUGAAGAAGAAAGCGCCUGCUAAGAAGGCGGCCGUGAAGAAGGAGGCUGCGCCCGCAAAGAAGAGCAAGGCGAAAUCAAAAGAAGAGACUCCGGCAGCCGAUGGCGAGGAGGAAGAAGAGGAAGAGUACCGCUGGUGGGAAGACCCGUCAAAGGGCGAUGGCACAACCAAGUGGACAACUCUCGAGCACAACGGUGUCGUGUUCCCGCCCGAGUAUCAGCCACUGCCUUCAAAUGUCAAGAUGCUCUACGAUGGCGUGCCUGUCACGCUGCACAAGGACGCCGAGGAAAUCGCGCACGCUUUCGGCAGCAUGCUCAACUCGACCCACAACGUGGAGAAUCCGACCUUUCAAAAGAACUUUUUCGCCGAUUUCAAGGAAAUGCUCGAUAAGACCGGACAUGGCAAAGACAAGGACGGCAAGCAGGUUAAGAUCCUCAAGUUUGAGAAGUGCGACUUCAAGCCUAUCUUCAACCACGUCGACGCGGAACGUCAGGCGAAGAAGGCUCUGUCUACGGCUGAGAAGAAGCAGCUGAAGGCUGAGAAGGAUGCGUUGGAGGCGCCAUACAUGUACUGCAAGUGGGAUGGCCGCAAGCAGAAAGUAGGCAACUUCCGCGUCGAACCUCCAGGACUGUUCAGAGGACGUGGGGAGCACCCGAAGACUGGCAAGUGGAAGAAGCGUGUGACACCAGAACAGAUUACCAUCAACAUUGGCAAAGAGGCUACGGUGCCUAAGCCGCCUGAGGGUCACAAGUGGAAGGAGAUCAAGCACGAUCAAGAGGGCACAUGGCUAGCGAUGUGGCAAGAGAACAUCAACGGCGCCUACAAAUAUGUUAUGUUGGCAGCGAACUCCGACAUCAAGGGCCAGAGUGACUACAAGAAAUUCGAAAAGGCUCGUGAGCUGAAGAAACAUAUCGACCACAUUCGAAAAGACUACGAGAAAGAGCUGAAGUCAGAGGUGAUGGCACACAGACAGCGUGCAACGGCAAUGUAUCUCAUCGAUCGCUUUGCACUUCGUGCCGGCAACGAAAAGGGUGAUGACGAGGCCGACACUGUCGGUUGCUGUUCGCUCAAGUUCGAGAACGUCACUCUGGCACCUCCCAACAAGGUCAUUUUCGACUUCCUCGGUAAGGACUCCAUUCGCUUCUACGAUGAGGUCGAGGUCGAUCAACAGGUGUUCAAGAACCUGAAGAUCUUCAAGAGAAGCCCGAAGCGCGAUGGAGACGAAAUUUUCGAUCGGCUCACAACUUCGAGUCUGAACAAGCACUUGUCGAACUACAUGCCUGGUUUGACAGCAAAGGUCUUCCGUACCUACAAUGCUUCAUUCACCAUGGCCACACUGCUCAAGGAGAUGAAGGCAGAGGGUAAUAUCGCUGAAAAAGUUGCCGCCUACAACGCUGCCAACCGCCGUGUGGCUAUCCUCUGUAACCACAAACGUACGGUGGCAGCUAGCCACGAGCAGCAGAUGGAGAAGAUGGAAGAAAAGAUCAACGGGCUGAAAUACCAGCAGACUCGCGUCAAGCGAAUGAUGCUGGAUCUGGAUCCCAAGCUCAAGAAGAAGAAGGGCGAGGACUUCUUCGCUUUGCCGGAAGGUCUUGACGAGGCUUGGCAAGAGAAGCACCACCAAGCUCUGGUCGAGGAGCAGCGAACCAAGAUCACAAAGAAGUUUGAAAAGGAGAAUGAGAAGCUGGCAGCUGAGGGCGAGAAGGAAAUGAAGCCAAAGGAGCUUGAAGAACGUCUCGAGGUUGUCCGCGAGCUUGAGAAGAAGCUUAAGAAGGAGCUCAAGACCGGCAAGGUUGAGGCAGAGGGCAAGAGUGCUUCUAUCGAGAAGUACGAGAAAGACGUGGAGAAGCUCGACACUCGCAUCGCCACUCUGCAGACCCAGGCAGAGGAUCGCGACAACAACAAGGAGGUUGCGCUGGGUACCUCGAAAAUCAACUACAUCGACCCUCGUCUCACUGUCGUCUUCAGCAAGAAGUUCGACGUGCCGAUCGAGCGCUUUUUCUCCAAGACUUUGCGCGAGAAGUUCGACUGGGCUAUCAAGUCCGUCGACGAAGACUGGGAGUUCUAAGCUGGUAGGCAUGUGCAUUAUUGAUACGUGCAUGAUGUGGGGGUAGAAAUGCUUCUUUGCGACUUUCAGCGAGCGUGGGCGGUUUCUGCUGUGACAUGAGGCAAGAAAAGUCAGAUACUUGCACUUCUUGGGCUGUUAUGACAUGAAUAGUGUCAUGAGUAUAUGUAGAACACCAUCAUCACAUCAAUACGACUUGUACAUAACUGCGU